CUGUCACAGCGGAACGACAGUGCGUAAAGACGGCGGGUCAGCUGACAGCUCCCAGAGCAGCAGGGAAAGAAGCGAAGCUUGCGGGUGAAUGAGCUGGGAAUACGCUGGACACUCGAAGCUGAACUGGGAGUAAAGCAGUGGCGGCUUUUGUGGAAUAAUCGGGGAGGCGUUUGGUUUCACAAUGGCACGCUGGGAGUGAGAAGCAGCCACGAUGAUUGGAGGAUUGUUCAUCUACAACCACAAGGGGGAGGUCCUCAUCUCCCGCGUUUACCGAGAUGAUAUAGGGCGUAAUGCGGUGGACGCGUUCCGCGUGAACGUGAUUCAUGCCCGGCAGCAGGUUCGGUCCCCGGUGACCAACAUCGCCCGCACCAGCUUCUUCCACGUCAAGCGCUCCAACAUAUGGCUGGCUGCCGUCACCAAGCAGAACGUCAACGCCGCCAUGGUGUUCGAGUUCCUUUACAAAAUGUGUGACGUGAUGACGGCCUACUUCGGCAAGAUCAGCGAGGAGAACAUCAAGAACAACUUCGUGCUCAUCUACGAGCUGCUGGACGAGAUCCUGGACUUCGGAUACCCCCAGAACUCGGAGACCGGUGCCCUGAAGACCUUCAUCACACAGCAGGGCAUCAAGGGACAACAUCAGACAAAGGAGGAGCAGUCUCAGAUCACCAGCCAGGUGACGGGGCAGAUCGGCUGGCGGCGUGAGGGCAUCAAAUAUCGCCGCAACGAGCUUUUCCUGGACGUACUGGAAAGCGUCAAUCUACUCAUGUCACCUCAAGGUCAGGUCCUGAGCGCGCACGUGUCGGGCCGAGUCGUGAUGAAGAGCUACCUGAGCGGAAUGCCCGAGUGCAAGUUUGGCAUGAAUGACAAGAUUGUCAUCGACAAACAGGGAAAGGGAGGAGCGUCUGACGAUGCAGGAAAGAGUGAUUUAGGGGGAGGAAGUGGGAAGCAGUCUAUAGCCAUCGACGACUGCACUUUCCACCAGUGUGUGCGUCUCAGUAAGUUUGACUCAGAGCGCAGCAUCAGCUUCAUCCCUCCGGAUGGAGAGUAUGAGCUCAUGAGAUAUCGCACCACUAAAGAUAUCAUCCUUCCAUUCCGAGUUAUUCCUCUGGUCAGGGAGGUGGGGCGCACUAAACUGGAAGUUAAAGUGGUCAUUAAGUCGAACUUUAAACCCUCACUGCUGGCUCAAAAGAUUGAGGUGCGAAUCCCAACACCACUCAACACCAGCGGUGUCCAGGUGAUUUGCAUGAAGGGAAAAGCCAAAUACAAGGCCAGUGAGAACGCCAUCGUUUGGAAGAUCAAACGAAUGGCUGGAAUGAAGGAAUCUCAGAUCAGUGCUGAGAUCGAGCUGCUGCCCACCAACGACAAGAAGAAAUGGGCCAGGCCUCCUAUCUCUAUGAACUUUGAGGUUCCUUUUGCUCCGUCUGGCCUGAAGGUGCGCUACUUGAAGGUGUUUGAGUCCAAGCUCAACUACAGUGACCACGACGUCAUCAAAUGGGUGCGGUACAUCGGCCGCUCCGGCAUCUACGAAACCCGCUGCUGAAUUUCCACCCUAGCAAGGCAGCAAAACCGACCACUUCCCCCCCCCAACUCCCCUCAUCUAUCCCUGUUAAGAAUUUUUUCUUCUGCCCUCUUCUCCCUACUUUGUCUUUGUUCUCUUCCUAUCACUUCUUCUCCUCCUCUCCUCCCCCAUUAUCCCUUCUUAACUAGGUGUUGGAGAUCGAAUUUACAUCGUUUAAAGAGAAAA